AGAGGGACCAAGGGUGGGUUCAUAUGAAGAGCCUGUAGCACAGUGAACAGUGGUUACUGUAGCUGAACUGCAGUGAGCCCAUACACUGGACAGGGGAUUUUUUGGGCCUUUAUUUGCUCACAGUCAUGGGUCAGCUGUUCUCUUCAUCUAAGGAUGAACACCACAAAGAUUUGGAUUCCACCUUUACCGAAUAUUUUAAGAAGUUUAAAACAGAAAACAAAAUCAUUCCUCAGGAAACCAUAGCUUCAAUUGAGUUAAGCCUGAAAAACAGAAACAUUCAGGGAGCAAACACUUCAAUCACUGAUGCAUUAAAAGAAAUUGAUAGUACCCCACUCAAUGUUGCUGUGACCGGGGAGUCUGGAGCAGGGAAAUCUGCUCUCAUCAAUUCCAUGAGAGGGGUUGGACAUGAAGACAAAGAUGCAGCUGAAGUUGGAGUGGUGGAAACAAUCAUGAAGAGACAUCCAUACAAACACCCCAUCAUUCCCAAUGUGGUUAUUUGGGACCUGCCUGGGAUUGGAACUACAAAUUUCCCACCAAAAGAUUACCUGGAGAAAAUGAAAUUCCAUGAGUAUGACUUCUUCAUUAUUGUUUCUGCCACACACUUUAAGAAAAAUGAUAUAGACCUGGCCAAAGCAAUCAGCAUGGUGAAGAAGGAUUUCUACUUUGUGAGAACCAAGGUGGACUCUGACUUAAACAAUGAAAAGGAAUUCAAACCACACACAUUUAACAGAGAAACGGUCCUGCAGCAGAUCCGAACCAGCUGUGUGAAAAUCUUUCAGGAGAGUAACAUUGAUGAACCACCAAUGUUCUUGAUCUCUAACAGAAAUUUGUCUGAUUAUGAUUUCCCAAUCCUGAUGGACAAGGUUAUGAGUGUUCUCCCUGUAUACAAACGACACAUUUUUAUGCUCUCCUUGCCUAAUAUUACAGGUGCAGCCAUUGAAAGGAAGCGACAAUUCCUGAUGCAGAGGAUUUGGCUAGAAACCUUUACAACUGACCUCCUGAGUACCAUUCCUUCACUGGCCCACCUCUUAAUGGACAGUGAUAUGGAGAAUCUUGAGAAAAGCCUGAACUUCUAUCGAACUGUGUUUGGAGUGGAUGAUGCAUCCUUGCAGAGUUUGGCUAAGGACUGGGGAAUGUCAGUGGAUCAGCUCAAGGCAAAGAUGAAAUCUCCUAAUGUGUUUGAGACUACAAAAGAAGAAACAAUACAAGAACGGCUUUCAAGAUACUAUGAGGAGUUCUGUUUGGCUCAUGGCCAUUUGUUUAAUAAGAAUGUUUAUGUUAAGGAAUUAUAUUACCUAAAAUUAUGUUUUGUUGACAUGGUGACAGAUGAUGCUAAUGUUCUUCUCAAAGAGAUAUGUUCAAGAAACAACUUGGUUUCUGAUUAGGCUGAAAUCCUGUAGCUGUCAAAAAUCAGAAUCAAUUACAGAAACACAGGACACUGAUAUUGCAAAACAACAUAUUGUGUUUAUUCACGCCAUCCAGUCUUUAUCCACAUUAGUGGUCAUAUAUCUACAUUAGCUGUAGCAAGGGGAUCAGAUAUGUGUAAAUACGCUGAAAGCUUAAAACUAUCUACUCACUUUGAAUAAACCCUCAGAUGGAGCAAUUGCACUUUUAUUUGAAUUAUUUUAAUAUAAAGCAGCAUCCAUUUUUAGGUUUAACCUUGUAAUGGUUAGUGUUGUGGACUGACUCUAGAAUCACCUGGGAGAAGAAGCCCUGCCAAUUGUGAGUGGCACCAUUUCUUGCUGUUAAUCUCUGACUGUGGAUGAGGAGAUAGAGGAUAAGCAGCAGCAUGCUUUCAUUCAUCCAUUGCUCUCUGCUUUUUCACUGUGGGUGGAGUGGCACUAGCUGCCUCCAGCUGCUGCUGUGACUUCUUGGUAAUGAUGGCCUCUGUAACCUUGAAUUUGAUACUUGUGUCCUCUCUUGAUAGUAGCCCCAAGGAGAAACCAUAACUGGGCUGGAGAGGGAGAGAUGGCUCAGUAGAUAAAACAUUUGCCUUGCAAGCCUGAGGACCUGAGUUCAGAACCCUAGAGCCCCCAUAGAGCCAGCUAAGCAUCUGUAGUCCACACACUCCUGUGUGAGAUAUGAGGCAGAGAUAGAGAAUCCUAGAAGCUCUGGGGCCAGCUCAAACUUCUACAUGUAGCAGUGAAUAAGAGACACUGACACAAGGAAGUAGAAAGUAAAAGCCAACACUCAGGGUUGUCCUUUGACCUCUGCAUACACACCAUGUCAUGUUUAUGCCUAUAACCACCUAUAUAAAUGCACAAAACCAAAAAGCUUAUUUGUUGAAAAAGUAGGAAUGUUUGGGGCAGUAGCAAAAUGGUAUAGUAAUUGUCUCACAUGCAUGAGACCUCAGGUUCAAUCUCUAGCAUUCCUGAGAAAGGGUAAAAGCAGGAGUGGAGAGGUGGCUCCGAGGUUAAGAACACUGCCUGUUCUUGCAGAGGACCCAGGUUCAAUUCCCACAUAAUAGGACCCACAUAAUAACUACAGCAGACUAUAUGUCCUGUUCCAGGGGAUCUGAUACCCUAACCUAAACAGGGACCAGUCACAGAUGUGUUAAAAGAUAUACAUGUAAGGCAAACUUACAUAAAAUAAAAGUAAGUAAAGAAAAAAAUUGAAUAUAUAUGUUUAAAUAAAGAGCUAACAUGUGGGCAAGAGAAACAAUAACCAUAGAGAUUCCAAUAGCCUUAAUAAUACCUAAGAUUACUAAGAAUCCUAUUUAAUCAGAAUUCUUGAGAAAACAUUAAUGAAGCUCUCUAAUUAUGUGUCAGAACCAGUGAAGAUGAAUAGAUUCAUCUACUUUAUAGAUUUUAAAUGCUGUGAUUACUAAAUUAUGUUUUACUCCAUAUCAAUAAAACCAUUUAAUAAAUUCUUUUGUAAAAAUA